GGAGGACCGCGCCAUCGCGCGACAACCAAUAGGAUGCGGCCACCCACUAUUCAAACGGCGCGUCCCAGCCAAUAGACGCCGUCGACGGGCGGGAGAGGGCGGGGCGAAGGGGCGGACCGUUGCGCGCCGUAACCGUCGCUCAGGGCGGUUGUUUCCCUCAGCGGAGAGCGCGGCGCUCGGGCCUGGCUCCCGCCACUCCGCGGAAGCGCCUCCUGCCCGGCCCGGUGAGGGCGGGCGCCAGAGAUUCCUUUUGGAAAAUGCCAAGCCGGAAGUUUGCUGAUGGCGAGGUGGUGAUGGGCCGUUGGCCCGGCAGUGUCUUGUACUAUGAAGUACAAGUGACUAAUUAUGAUGAUGUUUCUCAUCUUUAUACCGUUAAGUACAAAGAUGGGACUGAACUUGCAUUGAAAGAAAGUGAUAUAAGGUCACAGUCAUCAUUCAAGCACAGGAAGAGCCAGUCCUCUUCAAGUUCUCCCUCCAGAAGAAGUACUAGCAGAUCUCGAUCUAGAUCUCCUGGUCGGCCAGGAAAAGGCAGACGUCGUUCUUCUUCACAAAGCAGAGAACACAGAGAUGACAAAAAGAAAGUCAUUCAGGAAACCAGCUUAGAUCUACUGAAACCGAGUGAGAAUAACACCAGAAGGUACAAUGGUGAACCUGACAGUACGGAAAGAAAUGACACAUCCCGUGUGAUCUCAGAGCAAAAGUUGAAACCAGACCUGCAAAUAGAGCGUGUGAUUGAACAGUACAGUUUGCGUCCAAGAAAAGAAGAAAAGAAAAAAGAAGAGGUAUAUUCAGAGAAAAAGGUUUUUGAGACAAUAAAAACAAUUGAGAAAGCAUCAUCAAAAACAAAGGACCUGGAGUUUGGUGGAAGAAUUGGCACAUUCACACUGAUAUUUUUCCUGCCUGCUGCUGUAUUCUACUUGCUGUUGAUGUGCAAACAAGAUGACCCUAGUCUGAUGAACUUCCCUCCUCCUCUCCCACCACUUGAAAGUCUCUGGGAGGCCAGGGUGUUUGGUGUUUUUCUUCUGUGGUUUUUCUUGCAAGCUCUGUUUUACUUACUGCCAGUUGGAAAGGUUGUAGAAGGACUGCCUCUUUCAAAUGGAAGGAAACUGCAUUACCGGAUAAAUGGGUUUUAUGCUUUUGUUUUGACUGCUGCAGUUAUUGGAACUUUAUUAUACUUUCAAUUUGAGCUUCAUUAUUUGUAUGAUCACUUCAUGCAGUUUGCAGUGUCAGCUGCAGCUUUUUCUAUGGUGUUGAGCAUUUAUCUGUAUAUUCGGUCCCUGAAAGCACCCCAGGAAGAACUAGCACCUGGUGGAAAUUCUGGGUAUUUUAUUUAUGAUUUUUUUACUGGACAUGAAUUAAACCCACGUAUUGGCAGUUUUGACCUCAAAUACUUCUGUGAGUUGCGUCCAGGAUUAAUAGGCUGGGUUGUUAUAAACUUGGCGAUGCUCUUGGCUGAAAUGAAGAUACACAAUCAAAGUACGCCGUCUCUGUCCAUGAUACUCGUCAACAGCUUUCAGCUUCUGUACGUGGUGGAUGCUCUUUGGAAUGAGGAAGCUGUUUUGACUACAAUGGAUAUUACCCAUGAUGGCUUUGGAUUCAUGCUAGCAUUCGGUGAUUUGGUGUGGGUUCCGUUUGUCUACAGUCUCCAGGCCUUCUAUUUAGUUGGUCAUCCUACUGCAAUUUCUUGGCCUGUUGCUGCUGCAAUUACUAUUCUGAACUGUAUUGGAUAUUACAUAUUCCGUAGUGCAAAUUCUCAGAAAAAUAAUUUCCGAAGGAAUCCAGGAGAUCCCAAAUUGGCCUACCUCAAAUUUAUACCCACUGCAACUGGAAAAGGGCUUCUUGUCACCGGUUGGUGGGGUUUUGUUCGUCACCCUAAUUAUCUUGGCGACAUCAUCAUGGCUCUCGCAUGGUCCCUACCCUGUGGUUUUAAUCACAUUUUACCGUAUUUCUACGUGAUAUAUUUCAUCUGCUUGCUUGUUCAUAGAGAAGCUCGUGAUGAACAUCAUUGUAAGCAAAAGUAUGGCUUGGCAUGGGAAAGGUAUUGCCAGCGUGUACCAUACCGCAUAUUUCCUUACAUCUACUAGAGCACUCCAGAUGCCUGACUUGCAAAUUACUUCUAAAGUUAGUUUCUUUGCGAAUAAAAAUAUACCUCUUACCGUUGCACUUGAUCUAUCUGCUAUUUAGGCUUUUUUUAAAAAAAGUGACGAAACAGUGGAGUGCAUCAACAGGUAUUUACAAGUAAUCUUAAGUAUGUGAAUUAUGUGAACUGACUGUUGCUUCAGUUUUUAAAAAAUUGUGAAUUUUAAGAAGUCUUGGAGCCCUAAUUUUUCAAGUGAAAUUUUAUCUAGAAUCCUGAGUUUACAUUUUUUAUUGCAUUUAAUUAAGCACUGUGAUGUAAAGUAUAUUAUUUUCUUAAUACAAUAAAUGCAGAAGUUCCGUGCAGUUAAUUUUUUGUGUUACUUGUACCAUCUAACUUCAGAUGUCUGACUCAUUUGCCCAGAUUGAAGGAGCAGCAGGGUCUUUCUGGUCAGUGGUGCUGGAAGCAGAGGAUUUGACCCUCGUGAGGGCCUAGAGUGGGCACAGCUCAUCUGGGUGGUUGUCCAUCUCCUGGCUUCUCAUUCAUGGGAUAUGGGUUUUUUUUGGUCAGGGAGACUCGGGUGGCCACUCUCACCCUCCAGGUGCAGGAGGGAUAAAGGGAUGGGAUCGGGAGGACAAGUGAAAGGGAACGACUGUCCCCUCCCAUCCCAUCCCCACAUGUUUGAGGCAGUUUAAGCCCAGACCAAGGGGGACUCCAAGCUGCUGCCUGGCAGUGCCCCUGACCCUAGAGAGAAGCCACACUUCUGGCUCAGGCUCCUGAAGGUAGAUGAUACAAACACUUGUUUCAGCUGUGGGCAGAGCUGUGGUAGUGAACUGUAGUCCUGCAUCGAGCGUUGAACAUGAGGUAGUAAAAGGUGCAGCAUAUGCGUAUUUGGCAGAAAAUAAUAAAACGUCCACAGUUGGCUUAUUCUGAUCUUUGUAAAUUAUGGCUUGAUGUACCAUAGCAUUUACCAGGUGUGUAUAAUAAAGCUUCCAAUUUUUUGCUGUACAGUGUUUGGAUUUGAAAAUCAUAGAAUUGGAGAAUGGUUUGGGUUGGAAGGGACCUUAAAGACCAUCUAGUUCCAACCCCCCUGCCAUGGGCAGGGACACCUUCUGCCUCAAAGCCCCGUCCAACCUGGCCUUGAACACUUGCAGGGAUGGGGCAUCCACAGCUUCUCUGGGCAGCCUGUGCCAGUGCCUCACCACCCUCAUGGGGAAGAAUUGCUUCUUUAUAUCUAAUCUAAAUCUCCCCUCUUUCAGUUUAAAGCCACUGCCCCUUGUCCUGUCACUACAUGCUCUUGGAAAAAGUAUCUCCAGCUUUCUUGUAGGUCCCCUUUAGGUACUGGAAGGCUGCUAGAAGGUCUCUCCAGAGCCCUCUCCAGGCUGAACAACCCCAACCUCUCAGCCCGUCUUCAUAGGAGAGGCGCUCCAGCCCUCUGAUCAUCUUGGUGGCCUUCUCUGGACUCGCUCCAACAGGUCCAUGUCCUUUAUGCGAUAGCUUUUUUUUUUAGAAACAGGAGAAAACAUUAACUAAAAGCAUUUCCAGUAAUUUUUUUAAAAAAUGUUAAUCGGAUAAAGAUUUUUGUAAAUUAAUGUAUUAAUUCUUGAAACAAUUGAAGUGUUCAUUAAAAUAUUUGUAUUGACAGAUAUGCUAUAAAAAUGUAGGAAAUGCUCCUCAAUCCAAAGUCGUGGGUUUUUUUUAAUUUGGCAUUGCUACCUCAUAUGUAGGUUUUGCCUUUUGUACUGUUGCAGAUAGAGAAAAUAGCUAUUUUUUUGCUAUUGCUAUUUAAAACAACAUUUUUUACAUGAGCCUGUGGUUAAGCUCGACCACUUUCUAAUAUAUUUUUGUAUAUAUUUGACUUUUUAACUAAUGUAUGUGUUCCAGUCACUAGUUGUGUUCUUUGUCUAACUGGCUGUAAAUCAGAUGCCUUUGCAGUAUGUACUUCAUAAGUAGAAUAAUUUUAUACUUUACUGAAAAAAUCUUGCAUUAAUUAACUAACUUCUGUUGUCACAGCUGAUAGCUUUUCACAUAUUUCAUACGUGAGGUUUAUAGCACAAAUUGUCCAAAAAAGCUUCUUAGUUUCUUAAAUAGUGCAGGUGCCUUUACACCUGGCUUGCAGGAAGGUUCCUAAUAAAUCAGAAUGUUGCCAUUAUUCAUCAGUUAUAUUCAAUUCUUUAAAAAUGUUGAUAUAAUUGAAAUCUAGCAUGUGAUUUUUUUUUGUUUUUAAUAAAAGAACCCUCUAUUUUGUACACAGGCAUUUUUUGAAAGAUAAUUGUACAUUUGUGUAUAUAAUGUAGCUUGAUUGUGAUAGUUUCCUCUGAAAAUCUGUAUGUUGGUGUUGUAAGGAAAUUGUUUUAAGACAAGUACUUUUGUUCCUCGAAGAAAACAACAGUGCCUGUAACAACGUGCAAGAGCACGCACUUGUAUGAUGUAGCAGAUUAAACUGGGAUACUUUUUCAGUGGUUGGUCCAUGGAUAAAUGGGAAAUAGGUCAAUUGUUGAAGUGCACCAGUUCACAGCUGGUGUUUUCAGAUAUGCUGAGGUGGGGGAACAGUUAUAACUCCCCAGCCUAUCAACUCGGAGAUGCUCCAGCCGUCCCAGUUUUGUCUGUUGCCAUGCAAGUUUGUUAAAAUGUAAUUCAGAGCCCUUGUCUUUCAGAAACAGAUCUUGACCAGUGAUAACUUCAGUUUAUUUACAUGCUGAGUUUUCUGUGAAUUUGAUUUUUGAAGUAAUUGUUUUUAAUACAAACACGCCUAUAAACUAAAAUAAAGCUUCUGCUUAAAAGUA